AUGUGUAAAUAUGGUCGUAUCAAAAAGGUUUGGUUGGCACGUCGUCCACCUGGUUUUGCAUUUGUUGAAUUUGAGGAUAGUCGGGAUGCGGAAGAUGCCGUGAAAGGACUUGAUGGGACGCGCAUCUGUGGUGUUCGCCCAAGGGUGGAAUUUUCGCAUGGUGGUUCGCGUCGUGGUGGUCGAGGAGGUGGAGGUAGACGUCGUUCGAGGACACCAAUACGACGACGCUCACUUAAUCGCUCGCGUUCACCGGCAUUGCGACGAUCGCCACGAUAUAGUCGUAGCCGUAGCCGUAGUCUGAAUCGGGAUAAAUCAGCAGAUCAAUAA